GAUUGGGUGAAAUUUGGGUUUAGGCAUACUACUACGGGCUCUCAUUUUCCACAGUGCAGUGGGAUGCCAGAAAAUGGUAUCACGAUAAUACAGCCCUUUCUAAAAAAGGCCACGGAGCCAGACUGCUAACCAUAUUUAGCACUACUAAAUUGCGAUUGGCACCAGCAAGCCUUGGUUGUCACCCACUGACAUUUUGUUCAGCCCUAAAAACGAAAACAGUUGCCUGGACUGUUUCAAACUAUGAGAGUCACUGGGGAAUCACAGAUAGGGAAAGAGAAAGAUAAGGCAAAGUAACAAGUUCAUCAGGACUUAGGAUCUCAGAGCUGCCACAGCCAAAAGGGGUGGUUCUGUGUUUCUGAGGUGGUGAAAGGUGGCCACAUAUGGCAGCAGGGUCACAAGAGGUGUCUGCAGCCAGAUGAGGUGAACACCCACCAGGGAGAAACAGUGCCUGCCCCAUCUGCACCCCUGAACCUCACUGACACACAGUAGCUGUUUGUCUGUACUCACUAUCAGUAUGAAAUGCUCACCAUAAAACUCACCACAAAAUGCGUUCGUGGGUCCAUGCUGGCAGUAAAACACGACUGCUUUCCUUUCCUCCUUUGCUUCCCCAGCUUUGGCUGAGGAAGGAUGACACUGGGAGCUGUUCCCUGAGGCUUGCCCUUGGUGGCUGGUGGAACCUUUUCCCUGUGCAGUGGAGGGAUGAGCUGGGGAGUCUCCUGGGGGUCUCCAGGAGGUGGGCAAGCAGAUCUGCCUGACUGCUCAGCUCUGGGACGUUCCUGCUCUCUUUUCUGUCCACCCUGUUUGGUGGACAGAUUGGAAACCCGCCAUUGCUGUCUGCAUCACCUGCUCAAUCUGGUGAAAAUGGGAGCUGGGGUGACAAUUCCAACAGCAGAAACCACAAACUGGUGUGAGCACCAAGGGGAAUUAAGUUGUAAAGGGAAAACCACCAUCAGAGAGCAGCAAGGAGCUGAUACAUGGCUCUGGGAAGGGUUUUGAUCUUCUCCUCUCAUACAGGGGGCACAGAGUAUUAUUGCUUCUGCCUCUCAUCUUGUCUGUGAAAUACCACUCCAGAACUGACAGUGUUAACAAAUACAGUGAAAGAGACUGCUCUGUAAGCUGAGCUACAUGGUCACAUGCACAGGUUUUAUUUUUAACAUCCCAAAACUACUUGAUGUUUCUGCCUGGGCUUGCUCCGUGUCCUUCUGUUCUCUUCUCUUUCUUUGCUUGCAGUUCUCCCUCACCCACCUCACUUCAGCCCAGCUGAGCACAACCAGGAGAGCAAGUGUUUGGUACACACACAGGGGCUCUAUGAUCAAGCACCGGGCCCAGAAAGCUCCCCCUGGGCAGCACAGACACUGUGAGAGAUGUUUCAGCCGGCACUGCCGCGCACCAGUUGAGAUCUCCGUCUCCUGCGUGGUGAUCAGCUGCCGCCUUCACUGUGGGGCCACCUUCCACAUGUGCAAGGAGGAGGAGCACCAGUUGCUCUGUCCCUUAGAGCAGGUUUCCUGCCUCAACUCAGCUUAUGGUUGCCCUUUUUCCAUGGCCCGCUUUAAGCUGGGGAAGCACCUCCAGGUCUGUCCAGCCAGUGUUGUCUGCUGCUCGAUGGAGUGGAAUCGCUGGCCAAAUGUGGAUUCAGACACCACCCUCCACAAGAAUAUUAUGAAGGAGACCUUAAAUGAAGAGUGUCUGGACACAGCCUUGGCACUGAGAGACCAGAAGGUACUUUUCAGGACUUUGAAAAUAGCCGAAUUGUUUCCAGAGUGGAGGAAAAAGGAUGAAAUGGAAGAGCUUUUGGAUGAAGCCACGGGUGGUGAAGCAGGUGCUGUGGGGGGAGUCGCCUGUGGUUCCCAAGAGGGCAAAGACCAGUUGCCGGAGCUCAGCCAACGUGAGCGUGAAGAGCUGGCAAAGGACAAAGAGGGAAUGGACCUGGGAAGUUACAAAACCUGGGAGAACAUUUUCAGCAAAGAGCUCCUGGCUUGCCAGGUUGUGGGCUCAGCAGCCAGCACAGGACAAAAGACAGAUGAGGCUUCCAAGAAGACAGCACCAGCCUCUCAUGGUACCAGCUCCACAGAGAAGGCAAAGGAAGGACCUGACGGUGCAGAAGAGGCAAAGGACCAAAAGCCUGAACAAGUAACACCAAGUAGAGAACUGAAAGGAAUGGCUCCCUGGCAAGACGGGGUCCUGGAGAGGCUGAAGAAGGAAGUUGGUGUAGGUGAUUACAACAUGUAUUUGGUACAUCAUGGUGGAAUGCUCAUCCGCUUUGGCCAGAUGGCUGCUUGCACUCCCAAAGAAAAAGACUUUGUCUAUGGGAACUUGGAAGCCCAGGAGGUGAAGACUGUCUACACCUUCAAAGUGCCAGUUAGUUACUGUGGCAAAAGAGCACGACUAGGAGAUGCACUGGGCCACAAGAUGCCAACUUCAGACAAGUCAGUGGAUACCUCAGAACUGGGAAUAAACAUAGAAGAACUACCUAAGACAAAUAUAGUUGAAGCGACACUGCUGUGUGCUCUGGAAAAAGAGCUGAAAGGCCAUGAGAUUUCUGAAGCAAGGGGUAUCGAUGGACUCUUUGUGGAUUUUGCAACACAGACAUACAGCUUUUCUUUGGAGCCCUUCUCCUCCAAUGCUGUUCUAGCAGAUGUUCUGGAUGAAAAAAGCCCACAAGAACUCCACAUGGAGCUCUACACUGAUUGUGUAACCAGAAGACACAACAAAAGCAGUUCGGCUUUCACGUUCACUUGCAGUCAUUUCUUCAGGAGAGAUGAGUUCCCAUCCCACUUCAAGAAUGUGCACGCUGAUAUCCAGUCAUGUCUGGAUGGAUGGUUCCAGCAUCGCUGCCCACUGGCCUACCUGGGAUGUCCUUUUGUUCAAAAUCACUUCCGCCCUGAUGGACUUAAGGCCAAGGUUAUAUACAGCAAGCCUCUCAAGACAUUUGCUAUUAAGCCAGAGGUGGACACCCUUCUUGCUGAACCAGGAAAGUGCAAUUUCACAGUGGAUCGUCGAGGAAGAAGUAAGGACUUGCUGAGCAGCCUCCCUGUGGAAGUGCUCAAGUACAUUGCGGGAUUUCUGGACAGCUUCAGUUUAUCUCAACUGUCACAAGUGUCAGUGCUCAUGAGGGACAUCUGUGCCACUCUUCUUCAAGAGAGGGGAAUGGUCCUGCUGGUCUGGGAGAAAAAAAGAUAUUCCCAUGGUGGUACUUCGUGGAGAGCUCGCAAAAAGAUCUGGCAGUUCAGCAGCCUCUUCUCCAGAGUUCACAAAUGGCAGCGCAGUGAUGUCAUGUGCAUGUCAGAACACUUGAAGAAUUGCCCCUUCUACCAAGUGGAGCACAGGACGGACCCCGUGCUGCUGACGGGCAUGUCUGAAUCUCGAGAACAGACUCGAAAGACUUUGGUUUCUACUUUCAAGCACAGAGUCUGAACAACCUGCUUGCCCUCUGCCAUGCUCCCUUCAGGCAUCUUCAGAUAAAGAUUUGGGAAUUCAAGUGUAAAGACUGUUGCUUCCAACUUUCCUUUGGAUGUACAAAACUUUCGUCUCCCUAGCUGUGUUUGAAACGUCCUGCUUUUUUUUUCCUGCAUUAAUUUAAUUGUUGAAAUGUCAUCCACUGCUCACUAACAUCACAUACUUUCUGUUUAUGUUUCUGUUCCUUGUUUAAUACAGCAUCUUGAAGAAAGCAAUAGGGAUCUUGUUUGAAAACGGCAUCUUUGUAACCUCGAAGGUAGGCUGCUGCUCCUGUACCAUGUGCCUGAGAGAAGCAAGAGCAGUUAAUGUACUUGACUUGACUAGAUCUAGAACACUUUGUUUCCAUCUGUAAAGCCAAGCUCUAGGAGCACAGAUAGAUGCCCUUCUGCCUGGCAGACCUAGGGACUUGUAACCUGUUCUGAGGCAUGGGCAAAAGAAAAGGACACGCCAAAAUUAAGGGAAUUUUUUAGAACUCCAGUGAGAACUGAGGAAUUUGCGAUUUUGCAGUUGUAAGUUGCAAAUUCUAAUUGUAAGCAAUUGUAAACCAUAUGUCGAAGAAAUACUAUUCUUUUCCGUAUAAGAAGAGACAUUCAGCAACCCAUUCAGUAACAGUACAGAUAAUGCUUGCUUUACAGAGCAGAAGAGUGGUUAAGAUUUGGUUUAUUUUUUAAUAAAUACACUAACUUAAAAACAGAAUGGGCUUGUUGAGGCAACAGAUGAGAGAAAGCAGGCAUGUUACCAGCAGUGUCUGUCUCAUUACACUAUUUAAACCCAUUUCAGUGGCACUAGAGAGAAAUGCCAUAGGUGUGGUGGUAGGUGGGAUUCCUCUGAAAUGGCCAUGAACUUUUUCAACAGCUUAACAACAGCUUACAGCCACUGCACAGCCACAGCGGCGCUGACUCACACCCCUUUCUUCUGGUUCGUAGCCAGAAGUGCGAGUUUAGGACAUGAGAUCUGACUUCCAUCUUACUGUCUCAGGCAGAAGAACCUCGCUGGGAGCUGGGAUAUCUGCUGGCUUGGACCACUGCUCUCCUCACCUGGGCUGGCCAAGUGAAAACUGGCUCAGGUGGAUGGGCACACACCACGCUUGCCAUCCCUGGUCUUGGGCAUCUGGGAUGAGUCAGCUAUGCAAGAAGGAGCCCUCUCUUAUCCACAGAGGUUGCUGAUGAACCUGAGCUGAGUGCUUGGUAAUCAAAGGCAUGAAUUGCAUGGUGACUGAAACCAUGCUGAGUGCAGCUACUCCUUGUCUACACUUACAGCUUAAGUGGUCCCUGUGAGAUUUUUAACCAUACGAGGAUGUUUUUCUUCUCCAGACACACAGGGACAUAUUGUCUGAGUUGUGGGGACAGUGGAUUGGUCCCAGGAGCAGAAGUAGCAGCAGUUCUUUUUUUUUUUUAAUGUUACCCUGUUUUCUGUUGCUAGAGAUCCCUUCUGGAAAGUCUCAUAAAGCUAUACACAUGAGUGUCAGUAUUUGUGCCACGUACUUGAAAAUGAAGUCAAGAUUAAGAUUAUGGAUAAUUUGGGAAGAAGAAUAAAAAAUAGUAGGAUCUCAGAGUAAGUCAGUGUUCAAGGUUGUACAAGAGACCAUGAAAAAUUUCAGUCUAUGAGCAAUCUCUCACAUGAUCAGCCACUUGGAUGCUGUGAACUGGUGUGGCUGCCCCUGGCUGCCCUGAUAUUGUGGCUUAUGUUAGGUAUGAAUUGGGCUCUUUUUACCUUUACUGUCAAUGUCAUAAGCACCGCUUCCAUUCCACUCCUGACCUUCUUCUGUCAGUUCCAGAGGGUUUUGUUCUUGUACCUCCCUGCUCCUGGAGAUGGCAUGACUUCAGUUCCAACUUUAUUGCCACUGAUUCUGCUUCUUGCCUAUGCAGGAGGUGCCCAAGUCAGACUACAAGGAGGGCACAACCUUUGCAAAUAUGAUGGUUCAGGGAGGAGUUCAGAGAUAGGAAUGUCACGACCUCUGUCUCUUGGGGUCAGCCAGGGUGUACAUAGAACAUCUAGGAGACUGGAUCGUUUUCCUUCUGGUACUGCUAUAGGAUACACUGGAGUGACAGAGGAUGUUAAUUCACACAGAAAGAAACACGUUUUUCCCUGUGAAUAUAUAGGUAUACUUCUGUAAACUAUAAAUUUGGCUAACUAACCUUUAGCACAUCAAGUGAAAGCUGAAAAUCCACAAUCAUCUUCAGGUUAUUCUGGUUAACCUGACCCUGGAAUAGGCAAAGCUGUACAAAGAAGUGGAGAUCACCCUUAUACUGCUGUGUACCCACCUGGCCAAUGUCAGCUUCUCACUUCAUCUCGCAUUUAUCACUAGCAGAGAGCUGUGGGCUGGUGUUGGAUGCAGUUUUAUUAAUCUGAGGGUGCAUGCAAAGCUAGCUCAGUGUUGAUGGUCCUAUCCAUUGGCAGAGUCAGCAGAAGCUUUAGGAGCUGCAAGGAAAUUAAUUUGCCUGUCCUGUUUACCUUGGUGAGCACAAUGCUGGCUUAUUUAAAAGGUAAGAUGCUUCAUUUUGGGUUCAGCAAGUCCUUAGCUCUUAUUUUAAGUUUGUAAUUUGGCCGAUAAAACUCUUCCUGAAUUUCAGCUUGAGGAAUUUGAUUAAGAGAAACAGAGCAUUUAGUGUUUUUCAAAAUAGGUCUAUUGCUGUGGAGGGAUCUGAACUGGAAAACGGGAUCCAAGUCCAGCAAAGCAUAUAAGCUGCUUUUGGUCCAGACCCCACAUUCUGGAUCUUCAUGACUUUGAUCUUGCUUGUGCUGCUCACAAGUCUUGUGAAGGGCAAGAGCAAUACUCUGCACACUCCAGGCUGACAUGUUUUGCAGCAUUUUCUCUCACUGGAAGAAUGGGAAGUGAAAUUAUGGUGCCAUGGAAAUCAGAAAUGUCAGAGUAGAGCAAAAACAGUCAUGACAACAGAAGACAGGAAACAGAAAAGGUAAUGGGUUUGGAUAGAGGAGACCUGCCUGAUUGUAGGUGUUAUGAGAAGAGGCAAGCAGGGACAGGUAAAAGGGCACAGAAAUGAAGGGAAGUGGGAUAUGGAAGAGGUGAUGGAGCUGUAAAUGAUUUAGGAGGAAACAGUGCAAUUCAACAGACACUCGGAGGAUAAGAGUGAUGUUUAGGAGAGCAGAGACAUAAGGGGAAUGGAGAUUUUAUAUUUUAUUUUAUUUUGUUUGGUUUCUACUGACAAGAUAUUUGGAUGAGCCUCGUGAACUCAGUGAAAUGCAGAUUGUGUUUUGAAUUGUAAUUUGUACAGUGGACCUCACUCUGUGGCACAGCCUCUGUUCUAGGUUAGAGUAUUCAGCCAGCAGAUCACUGAAACAUGAGCUGAGAGGCCUCAGUAAAAUCACAGAGUUAUCAGUGCUGAUAUUGCUGUAUGCUGCCAAAACAAGAGAUUUCCUGGAUAAACACUUCUCCUUGAGAAAAGGUCUGGAAAUUCCCAGUCAGUGCUAUACAGUAACAUGGGGCAGAUGAUAAUUUUUAAGGGGUGAAAGGGCAGGUCAACUACUGACAUGUAUCCUAAGUCUGGUUUGAAGGAAGAAUUUUUUUACUGGGCUUCCAACACCCAAAACUGAGCACAGAUGAGGUGAAGUUUAAGCAGUGACUAUUAUUUUGCAAAACUCUGUAACUCCUUGUUGCUUUCUUAAGAAUAAAAAUUAUUAUGGUUUAAAAAAAAAUCCAUUAAAA